UGUUAUCUGACUUCCACUUCUGUGCAAAGAAAAUCUAAAAGAGAAUGUUGCUAACAUUUCUCAUUUUAUAUAUAUGUUCAAACCAAACAAAGUCUUAGUUUAACUUAAUCCCAAUCUGAAAACCUUGUAGCACCAAUGCUUCACUCCCCGAUGUCCCGUCCCAGCCGUAUCCUCCCCACCCAACACAACCUCCUCCAAUUCUCCACUUCUGCCGCCGCCAUCGCCGCCAAUACUGCCGCUGCGCCGACCACCCUCCCUGAAUCAUACACCAUUCAGCCCCCAAUCAAACCCUGGCCCCACCGCCUCCACCCAAAACUCCUCGCCUCCCUCAUCUCCCGCCAACACGACCCCCACCUCUCCCUCCAAAUCUUCCGCCACGCCCAAACCCACCACCGCGCCUCCUCCCACCACCCUCUCCCCUACCGUGCCAUCUUCCUCAAACUCUCCCGCGCCCGCUGCUUCCCUGAAAUGGAGUCCCUCCUCUCCACCCUCCCCCGCCAUUCGCCGCAGCAGUUCCUCGAUCACUGCGGUGAGGACCCGCUCGUAACCGCCAUCCGCGGUUACGGUCUCGCCGGAAAGCCCGACUCCGCACUCCGGACCUUCCUGAGGAUCGAAUCGCGGCUCGGGAUUCGACCCUCAGUGAGGUUACUCAACGCAUUGCUCAAUGCGUUGGUUCAGAACAAGCGUCACCGCUUGGCGCAUUCGGUGUUCAAGAACUCUAGAACAAGGUUUGGGGUUUCCCCUAAUGUGGUUAGUUGUAACAUUUUGCUUAAGGCCCUUUGUAAGGUGAAUGAGGUUGAGGUUGCGGUUAGGGUUUUGGAUGAGAUGCUUGGGAUGGGUUUGGUUCCCAAUGUGGUUAGUUACACCACUGUUAUGGGGGGUUAUGCUUGGAGGGGUGACAUGGAUGGUGCCAUGAGGGUUUUAGGUGAGGUUUUGGAUAAAGGGUGGGCGCCGGAUGCGACUACUUACACUGUUUUGGUGGAUGGGUUUUGUAGGCAAGGGAGGUUGGUGGCUGCAAUUAAGGUGAUGGAUGAUAUGGAGGAGAAUGGAGUUCAGCCCAAUGAGGUUACUUAUGGUGUUAUGAUUGAAGCUUAUUGCAAAUGGAAGAAGCCUGGGGAGGCGGUUAACUUGCUUGAGGACAUGGUUAGGAAGGGUCAUGUUCCGAGUUCGGGGCUGUGUUGUAAGGUUGUUGAUGUGCUGUGUGAGGAAGGGAAUGUGGAGAGAGCUUGUGAGGUGUGGAGGGUUUUGAGGAAGAUUUGUGGCUCUGAUAAUACCGUGGCGAGUACGCUCAUACAUUGGCUUUGCAAGAAGGGGAAGGUGCUGGAAGCGAGGAAUGUGUUUGAAGAAUUUGAGGGUGGCUCGGUCGCUAGUCUCUUGACGUAUAACACUUUGAUUGCAGGAUUGUGUGAGAGAGGAGAGCUUUGUGAGGCGGCAAGACUGUGGGAUGACAUGGUGGAGAAGGGUCGUGCUCCUAAUGCUUUUACCUAUAACUUGUUGAUUAAUGGGUUCUGUAAGGUUGGAAAUGCAAAGGAGGGCAUCAGAAUUCUGGAGGAGAUGUGUGAAAAUGGUUGUUUGCCUAACAAAUCAACCUACUCAAUAUUGAUUGAGGGCCUUUUGCUUUCAGGAGGAAUGAAUCAAGAAAUCAACAAGGUAGUUGCACUGGCCAUGUCCACAGGAGUUGAUGGUGAAUUGUGGGAUCUUUUGGUAAAGCAUGUUGUAGGUAAUUUAGAUAUCAAUGCGACUGAGCUUGAUAGGAUAUUGAUACCGAAUGCAGUGUGAUAAUGUAAACUCCUUGGGGUAUGCUGUUGUGUCUGAUCUUUGGAAGGUGAUGGCAGAAGGAGAUUAAAAACUGAGGGCUGUUUAUCCAUUUAGAGGACAAGAUAUUUCAUAUAUACUUAUACCACAGUCUCGGCUGGAAUGCAAGAAAAUUUGGAAGUUGUGACCAUACCUCGCCUAUAUUUCACUUGCCAAUGUUGCUUAGUUAUUUCCAGGCUUUUGCCAUGUUGAAGCUGCUUCACUAUUUUCUUAUAUGUGCUCUGCUGCAAUUCUUCGAUCAUUUAAUGGUGUCUUCGCAAUCAUAUGCAGGUUAAUUCUAAUGACAUAAUAUCUCACCAUUUUCUGAUAUGUGCUCUGCUGCAAUUCUUCGAUCAAUUAAUGGUGUUUUAGCAAUCGUAUGCAGGUUAAUUCUAAUGACAUAAUAUCUCACUUGAAACAACACUUGAUGAUGGAAAGUCGAUGAUUCCUGCAAUGGUCCUCUCCUGGUUUCUCCCCUGAACUAGACAGAGUUCUCCUUGGAUGAAAAUCAAAUCUCUCAUUCAUUUUCUGGAUCUGUUUCUGUAGACUGUAGAGCACCCCGCCGUUGGGAAGAACUCGGAUUUCUCAAAGCUUCAAGCAAUUGAUGAUUAUGAGGAUGGAAGUAGAAGAAUGGGAAGUGAGGAGAGGAAGGAAGAAAAACAAUGGCAUUCUUGCAAGGAUAAAAAGCAAGAGAAGGGACAUUCUCGUGAUUUAAGUGGCAGGAAGAGAAAUGUGAUGUUCAAAGCUGGAAAGUCCUGUAAAAGAGAAAUGUUAAUGCUUUGAAGUUUGAAGUCGGAGUGCUUUGUCAAGUAGAAAGGGAAAAAAAUGAAGUAUGUCGUAGGAAAAAAAUGGUUCUCUCAUAUAUAUAUAUAUAUAGAAAGUAUUGAGAAACAACUCCUCUCUACGUGGGUAAAGUAACCUAUCAGGCAGAAUAAAUCUGAAACUAUAGCAAAAACCUCGAAAAGCCCCGAAAACACCAAAGCGCUUAAACAAGCCAAACCCCUAGCGUCUACCCCACUGAUUAGGUUCCCAUUAAAAUUGAAAAAUGACGACAAGUUCAACUGACAAGGAAGCCGCUUGACACCCACAAACAGAGACCCAAGUCAGCCGAGCAACUAAAAACCCACCAAAAAUACCCCAACAAAGUGUUAUAGAUCAAAUACACAUAACCUAAAGAAAAAAACAGAUAGAUAACGACAGAAGCCGCCAAGAGAUCAGCGUCAUCGAAAACUCUCCGACACUUCCAGAUCUACGUACGCAACAGCAAAAAUCUCAAGGAAACCUUUGGUCUGUUCUUUUUAUCGGUUAUUCUUUUAGGAAAAUAUAUGUUUUCUUUGUUAGUAGUUAAAUAAUAAAGUCAAAGCAGUAGAAAAGUAGAGCAAAUUAUGUAUCCAUAUUAUCUAUAAAACUGAAAUUCAGGAAAUUAGGAAAGUAAUGUACAGUUAACAAUACUGCAAUUCCAAAAUGAACUCCAUUAGCCAUAUGCAACCACUGAUACUGCAUUUUCUUUCUAAAAUGGAACACCUAAGAACCUUCGAUUCGACUUGAAAAUACAUCGUGACCCCACUUCAGUCUUCAACUAUUGCCUCGCGCCCUCGCAAUCUAGCUAGAUCUACUAUUUAGUGUCCAAGCUCCUUAGUUUAACCUAGAAAUAUUGGUAACAC